AUGAUCGGCACGUCCACGCAACUCUCGGACCAGUGCUCCAAGUUCGCCAUCCCCUCCUUCUGCCACUACGUGUUCCCGCUGUGCGAUGAGGGGUCGCGCGGCCCGCGGCGCCGCCAGCUGUGCCGGGACGAGUGCGAGGCGCUGGAGAACGAGCUGUGCCACACGGAGUACACCAUCGCCCGCUCCAACCCGCUCAUCCUCAUGCAGCUGGAGCUGCCCAGCUGCCACCUACUGCCCCACCCGGGCUCGCCCGACGCUGCCAGCUGCAUGAGGAUCGGGGUGCCCCUGGACAAGCUGGGCACAUGUAAGUGGACAAUAGACAUAGACGCACAGACAUGAACACACAAGACAGGGACACACAAGACAGGGACACACAAGACAGGGACACACAAGACAGGGACACACAAGACAGGGACACACAAGACAUGGACAUGUAGGUGGACACCUGAACACAAACAUGCAGGCAGAAGUGGACAGACGGACAGACGGACAGACAGACGGACACAGGCUGUAGCCUAUAUUUUGUAUUAUGCAUAUUUUUGGAUGACAUUUCAUUACAUCAUAAGGUCAAGGAACUAUGGUUGUUUGUGUUGUGUAUCUAGGGGGCCCUCUUGUGGCAUUUCUGGAGAUUGGUAUUUUGGUACAUUUAUGCAGGGGGAACUACAUUUGAAGAAACGUUCAACUUUCUUCUUGUUAUCUUCCUUAUUUCAUUUCCUGGCAGUUAUAAUUCAAACAUUGUAAAAACAUAGUUGAAGUCACCCAAAACUAACUUUCAAUCUUCGUGAAAGAUUCGCCAACAGAUCACAGCUGCUACAACGGCAGCGGAGCCAACUACAAGGGCACGGUGAGCGUCUCUGAGUCGGGCUACCCCUGCCAGCCAUGGAGUGCCCAGUACCCACACAGCCACCACCUGUCACCCGUGGAGUACCCUGAGCUGCGAGGAGGCCACAACUUCUGCCGUAACCCCGGGGGCCAGAUGGAGGGUCCAUGGUGUUUCACCCUGGACCAGCAGGUCAGAGUGGACCUGUGCGACGUCCGCCCCUGCAGUGAGUACUGAAGCCCAGAGUUAUUUUAUGGCUGGCCGCUGAUUUGCAUGGAAAUUACAUCCUGGGCUACAGCACUACAAAGACUCAUUUACUAAACUUAGUAAGAGCUGAGCAUGUCUUUUUAGCAUUUUGUCACCGAUUUGGCACAUUUCCCCCCCCCCCUUCACAUAAAAGGUGUGAGAUCUGAGAGUCACAGUCUGGUGGAAAAUGUGUAACAAAAGGGAAUGUGUUUGUUUGUGUUGCCAGUGGUACCAUAUGUGCAUAAUGAUACCGUUUAAUUUUACUACAUGCCAUUCCAUUCCUCUUACAAGAGUACACUUGGACUUUUUCUACAUUGGAUUAUAUGUACACACAUUAUAGGCCAGUUUCCCGGACCCAGAUAAAGCCUUUAAUGGACUAAAAUGUAGACUCAAUGGAGAAAAUGUUAUUCAGUCCAGGAAUAGGCUCAAUCUGAAUCGGGAAAACCAGCAUUAAAUCAAUAAAAACACUAAAGUAGAUAACUCAUCAAGGCCCAGUUAAAGGUAGAGUCAGUGAUACACGAAGUAAACCGCAAUAUCGGGUCAAUUACCAAACAACUAAGUGCGAGGGUAAACUUCUCAGCUGUUUUGGUCCCAUAGCUACCACAUAGCAGUGUGAAAUGCACCUGUGCACGUGUGUGAGAGCAAAGUCUUGCAACGUGCUCAUCUAAAUAUGUGCGGUGCUGCUCGCGGCGACGUUAUACUGCUGAGUCUCAGUUUAAGGCUGACUAACAACAUACCCUGUUUGACCUUUGACCUCCAGCACCGCCAGAGAACCUGAAGAAGGAGAUCCUGUACAUCCUGAUCCCCAGCAUCGCCAUCCCGCUGGUCAUCGCCUGCCUUUUCUUCCUUGUCUGCAUGUGCCGCAACAAGCAGAAGGAGCCCACUGACACGCCCCCUCGCCGUCAGCUUACUGCCUCGCCCAGCCAGGACAUGGAGCUGCCACUGCUCAAUCAGCACAAGCACCAGGUGGGCUAGCUACCGUCAUAUGGGCUAAAUACUGUAAUGUAUGCUAGCUAGUGUCAUAUGGGCUAGCUAGUGUCAUAUGGGCUAGCUAGUGUCAUAUGGGCUAAAUACUGUAAUGUAUGCUAACUAGUGUCAUAUGGGCUAGCUAGUGUCAUAUGGGCUAAAUACUGUAAUGUAUGCUAACUAGUGUCAUAUGGGCUAGCUAGUGUCAUAUGGGCUAGCUACCGUCAUAUGGGUUAAAUAUUGUAAUGUAUGCUAGCUAGUGUCAUAUGGGCUAGCUAGUGUCAUAUGGGCUAGCUACCGUCAUAUGGGCUAAAUACUGUAAUGUAUGCUAGCUAGUGUCAUAUGGGCUAGCUAGUGUCAUAUGGGCUAGCUAGUGUCAUAUGGGUUAAAUACUGUAAUGUAUGCUAGCUAGUGUCAUAUGGGCUAGCUAGUGUCAUAUGGGCUAGCUAGUGUCAUAUGGGUUAAAUACUGUAAUGUAUGCUAGCUAGUGUCAUAUGGGCUAGCUAGUGUCAUAUGGGCUAGCUACCGUCAUAUGGGUUAAAUACUGAAAUGUAUGCUAGCUAGUGUCAUAUGGGCUAGCUAGUGUCAUAUGGGCUAGCUAGUGUCAUAUGGGCUAGCUAGUGUCAUAUGGGCUAGCUUGUGUCAUAUGGGCUAGCUUGUGUCAUAUGGGUUAACUACUGUAAUAUGGGCUAACUACAGUCAUAUGGGUUAACUACUGUAAUAUGGGCUAACUACAGUCAUAUGGGGUAACUAGUGUCAUAUGGGCUAACUGCUGUCAUGGGCUAACUGCUGUCAUAUGGGCUAACUGCUGUCAUAUGGGCUAACUGCUGUCAUAUGGGGGUAACUAGUGUAAUAUGGAGGUAACUGCUGUCAUAUGGGGUAACUAGUGUCAUAUGGGGGUUAACUAGUGUCAUAUGGGGGUUAACUAGGGGGUUAACUAGUGUCAUAUGGGGGUUAACUAGUGUAAUAUGGGGUUAACUAGGGGGUUAACUAGUGUCAUAUGGGGUUAACUAGUGUCAUAUGGGGGUUAACUAGUGUCAUAUGGGGUUAACUAGUGUCAUAUGGGGUUAACUAGUGUCAUAUGGGGGUUAACUAGGGGGUUAACUAGUGUCAUAUGGGGUUAACUAGGGGGUUAACUAGUGUCAUAUGGGGGUUAACUAGUGUCAUAUGGGCUAGCUGCUGUCAUACAAUGCCUUGCAAAUGUAUUCAUCUCCCUUGGCGUUUUGUCCUAUUUUGUUGCAUUACAACCUGUCAUUUAAAUUGAUUUUUAUUUGGAUUUCAUGUAAUGGACAUACACAAAAUAGUCCAAAUUGGUGAAGUGAAAUGAAAAAAAUAACUUGUUUCAAAAAUUUAAAAAAAUAAAAUUACGGAAAAGUGGUGCGUGCAUAUGUAUUCACCCCCUUUGCUAUGAAGCCCCUAAAUAAGAUCUGGUGCAACCAAUUACCUUCAGAAGUCACAUAAUUAGUUAAGUAAAGUCCACCUGUGUGCAAUCUAAGUGUCACAUGAUCUGUCACAUGAUCUCAGUAUAUAUACACCUGUUCUGAAAGGCCCCAGAGUCUGCAACACCACUAAGCAAGGGGCAUCACCAAGCAAGCGGCACCAUGAAGACCAAGGAGCUCUCCAAACAGGUCAGGGACAAAGUUGUGGAGAAGUACAGAUCAGGGUUGGGUUAUAAAAAUAUAUAUCCGAAACUUUAAACAUCCCACAGAGCACCAUUACACCACAACAAAGCUGCCAAGAGAGGGCCGCCCACCAAAACUCACAGACCAGGCAAGGAGGGCAUUAAUCAGAGAGGCAACAAAGAGACCAAAGAUAACCCUGAAGGAGCUGCAAAGAUCCACAGCGGAGAUUGGAGUAUCUGUCCAUAGGACCACUUUAAGCUGUACACUCCACAGAGCUGGGCUUUAUGGAAGAGUGGCCAGAAAAAAAAGCCAUUGCUUAAAGAAAAAAAUAAGCAAAUACGUUUGGUGUUCGCCAAAAAGGCAUGUGGGAGACUCCCCAAACAUAUGGAAGAAGGUACUCUGGUCAGAUGAGACAAAAAUUUAGCUUUUUGGCCAUCAAGGAAAAUGCUAUGUCUGGCGCAAACCCAACAACUCUCAUCACCCCGAGAACACCAUCCCUACAGUGAAGCAUGGUGGUGGCAGCAUCACGCUGUGGGUAUGUUUUUCAUCGGCAGGGACUGGGAAACUGGUCAGAAUUGAAGGAAUGAUGGAUGAUGCUAAAUACAGGGAUAUUCUUGAGGGAAACCUGUUUCAGUCUUCCAGAGAUUUGAGACUGACACAGAGGUUCACUAUCCAGCAGGACAAUGACCCUAAGCAUACUGCUAAAGCAACACUUGAGUGGUUUAAGGGGAAACAUUUAAAUGUCUUGGAAUGGCCUAGUCAAAGCCCAGACCUCAAUCCAAUUGAUAAUCUGUGGUAUGACUUAAAGAUUGCUGUACACCAGCGGAACCCAUCCAACUUGAAGGAGCUGGAGCAGUUUUGCCUUGAAGAAUGGGCAAAAAUCCCAGUGGCUAGAUGUGCCAAGCUUAUAGAGACAUACUCCAAGAGACUUGCAGCUGUAAUUGCUGCAAAAAGUGGCUCUACAAAGUAUUGACUUUGGGGAGGUGAAUAGUUAUGCACGCUCAAGUUUUCAGUUUUUUAAUCUUAUUUCUUGUUUGUUUCACAAGGAAAAAUAUUUAGCAUCUUCAAAGUGGUAGGCAUGUGUAAAUCAAAUGAUACAAACCCCCAAAAAAUCUAUUUCAAUUCCAGGUUGUAAGGCAACAAAAUAGGACAAAUGCCAAGGGGGGUGAAUACUUUCGCAAGCCACUGUAUUGGCUAGCUACUGUCAUAUGUGGUAAUGAAACAUCAGCAUGAAUCAUUGUCUGUUUUAUUAACUCUGAUUCUCUCUGUUUUCUCCUUGUGACCCAGGCGAAGCUGCGGGAGAUCAACCUCUCGGCGGUGCGCUUCAUGGAGGAGCUGGGUGAGGACCGCUUCGGCAAGGUCUACAAGGGCCACCUGUACGGCACGGCACCCGGCGAGCAGACCCAGGUGGUGGCCAUCAAGACGGUCAAGGACAAGGAUGAGGGCACCCUCCGCGAGGAGUUCCGCCACGAGGCCAUGCUGCGCUCGCGCCUCCAGCACCCCAACAUCGUUUGCCUGCUGGGCGUGGUGACCAAGGAGCAGCCCAUCAGCAUGAUCUUCAGCUACUCUGGCCUGGGCGACCUGCACGAGUUUCUGGUCAUGCGCUCGCCGCACUCGGACGUGGGCAGCUCAGACGACGACAAGACGGUGAAGUCCACGCUGGAGCAGGCCGACUUCCUGCACGUGGUGACACAGGUGGCCGCCGGCAUGGAGUAUCUUUCCAGCCACCACGUGGUACACAAGGACCUGGCCGCCCGCAACAUCUUAGUCUGCGACAAGCUCAACGUCAAGAUCCUGGACCUGGGCCUCUUCCGGGAGGUCUACUCAGCCGACUAUUACAAGCUGAUGGGCGCCAGCCCCUUCCCCAUCCGCUGGAUGUCCCCGGAGGCCAUCAUGUACGGCAAGUUUUCUACCGACUCGGACAUCUGGUCCUACGGUGUGGUGCUGUGGGAGAUCUUCAGCUACGGUCUGCAGCCCUACUGCGGCUACUCCAACCAGGAUGUCAUCGAGAUGGUGCGGAACCGUCAGGUGCUGGCCUGUCCCGACGACUGCCCCGCCUGGAUCUAUACGCUCAUGCUAGAGUGCUGGAGCGAGUUCCCGGCACGCCGCCCACGCUUUAAGGACGUCCACACGCGCCUGCGCACCUGGGAGAGCCUGUCCAACUACAACAGUUCGGCUCAGACCUCCGGCACCAGCAACACCACCCAGACCAGCUCCCUGAGCACCAGCCCCAUCAGCAACAUCAGCAUGAGUGCAACCAACGCCGCGCGCUAUGCCAGCCCCAAGAAGAACUCGCCCUUCCCCCAGCCCCAGUUCAUGCCCAUGAAGGGCCAGAUGCACCGGCCCAUGCUGCAGCAGCACCCGCAGCAGCUCUACAUCCCGGUCAACGGCUACCAGCCCAUGCCGGCGUACCCAUACCUGCAGAACUUCUACCCCAUGCAGAUGUCAAUGCACCAGAUGGCGCACCAGCAGAUGGCGCACCACCCGCCGCAGAUGGUGGCCAAGGCGGGAUCGCACCACAGUGGCAGCGGCUCCACCUCCACGGGCUACGUCACCACGGCGCCCUCCAACACCUCGGGUACGGAGCGGGCAGCCUUGCUCAGCGAUAGCCCCAAGGCAAACAUGGAGGACAUGGCGGACGGUGCGUCACAGAACGGGCUGGGGCAUGGGGAGGACACGACAGUCCCCGAAACGGAAUUACUGGGUGACAAUGACCUGCCACAGACUGACGACAUGGAGAUUCACUCUGAGGCAUAGGGGGACCGAAAGUCUGGAGGACUGGGGAACAAACUAGAGCUGAAACGCUCUGUGAACUUAGUUUGUUUGAGUUCAAUUGAGCGUCAUGAAUAAGUGAAGGGAACGCAUUGGAAAAACAGUGACUGAAUGUUAUUUAUGGGUUGUUUAGCUGUCACGGGUGCAUCCGAAUGCUAUCAGUGUCUCAGGUUCUUCCCUGCAGGACCCCUUUAGCGAAGUGUCAUGAAACUAACCCUGAACCCUGAAAGCCGCUCGACAGAAAACGUCAAUGAAGAGAACCGUUUUCACCAUUUGGGCUGUGGGUGCGACCGGCAUGGACAGUGUUUUCACUUAGUUGCAAAGCCAUUCAGAAGAAUGUACAUUCUUACUGUUUCUGUGCAACAUGAAGUCUUUUCUUUUCGACAAGGAUUCCUGAAGUUGCCUUGUGUUAAUGUUUCAAACUUUUAAAUUGUAUAGUAGUAGGCCUACUCCAGACACGAUUUUAUACUGUGGUUUUACGUGAGAUAGGAGUGUGUCAAUUUGGCAGAAUGUAUGAUGAAUGGACAGAAAAUUAAUUGGAGCUUACAGGGCAAUUCCACCACUUUUCAAC